AUGGCGGCCCCUGCAUCAUUGCAAUCGAAGCAAUGGAGUUGUGCAUCAUUGGCGGCUGGCAACAACCAUCUCUUACAAGUUAAGAGUGAGGAAUCCCGUCAAAGGCAGGCUGACCUGGAAGCCAGGAAGAAGGCCAUUCAAGCGGAGAUUGAGGCUAUCCAACAGGAGGAGAGACAGCUAGAGCCUGUUCCAGAGGUCCCGGAAGUUACUGGAGAUUUUGAUGCAUCUACCAGGGAAGCGGAGGCAGUGAUGGACGAAUUGCCUGCCUCUGCCAAGCGGAUGCCACCAAAUUCUACCAAGACAACGCCUGUGAAGAAGCUAGCGGUGGUCAAGAAGCGUCGGGAGGGAGAGGCUUCAGCUGACCGAUCUGUUCACCCGACUGCAGCCAAGUCCAAAGCAGUGCCAAAGGAACUGUCGGAGAAUGAGCGGCUUCAAAGCCAACUCAAUGAAGCUUUGGCCUUGAUCCAGUAUGCAAUGGUGGAUGCCCGACUACGUCGGCUUUGCGAGAAGAAACCAAGUGGCAAACUCAAUGUGCCACAGGACAUCCACAACAUGUGGUUGGGGAAGUUCAUCAGUGAAGUCACGGUCAUGAUCGAAAAGCGCCGAGAAAAUUCUGAGAAGGUGAAGAGCUACAUCAAGGACGCGGUGGCCUAUUGUAAAAAGCAUGGCUUGGUGAAGAGCCUUGGUUGGCUGGUGCAGGCCUUGGAGGCAAAGAUUCAGGCUGCGCAAGCUGCCUUCGAUACCUUCGUUGAGUGCCGAUCGCAAGUCAUUGCAAUGGACAAUAUUGCAUGUGCUUGUGGUGUUUGUUUCUUUGAUUCUCAUCGCCCUGACAUCCUCACCUCCUGGUUCCCCUGGGCUGAGGGCAUCCGCGCUGGUCCAGAACCUGAGCUUCAUGGCUUCGCCCGCAUGGUGGGCAACGGUGUCUCUUGCCGGGAUGCUAUACGCCAAGCACGAGUGACCCGCAAUCCCUCUAAGGGACUGCAAAGGCUUGCAGCAGUGCCACUGAAGAAAUCUGAGACUGGUGCACAUCAAACUUUUAAAGCUUUUGGCCAGUCGCUGGAUCUCAAGAUUUCAAGAGUUGAUUUGGUGAGCAAGAGCCGGUUUCCAUACGUGUCUUUGUCAGACUGGUUGAAGUAUGUGGUGGAGAAUGACUCCUUAGAGCAAAUUGUUGGGGUCAAGGAUCUUCAAGACAUGCAGCCGCUUUUGACUACGUUUUGGUCCCGCUUCCGCUUCAGUCACCCGCAUCACAAGAUGUAUGAUCCACUGGAGUCAGGUGCACCGCAGCACCACAGCAUGACGAUCCCCAUCGUCAUGCAUGGAGACGAGGGGCGUGGCAGGAAGAAAAAACAAAUUAUGAUACUCUCGUGGAUGGGCUUGCUGGGAAGAGGGUCCAGUCGGUGCAGUGGGAGUGGCAGCUCAGGGGAUCCAGAGCCUGUCUGUUCCUUGAAUUUGCUAGGCAGCACAUGGCUUACCCAUUUCCUCCAUAGCGUGCUUCCAGUCGGUCUAUAUAGCAAUCAACCAGAGGCUUUGGAUGAAGUCUUUGCAUUGCAGGCGCGGGAGCUGGCCACCCUUUUUUAUGAUGGAGUGGAGAUUGGAGGUCGGGUCUUUUACGUUGCUUGCGUAGGCGUCAAAGGCGAUGUCCCAUUCCUGACGAAGUGUGGUGGAUUCAUUCGAAGCUACACGAGAAAGCCAACAGCCAAAUCCAGUCGCAAGGCAGGCGUUGGAAUCUGCCACCUUUGCUGCGCAGGAAAGGAGGACUUCGAGUACCCAGUGCCAUUCGAAGAGCUGGGUGUGGAGCAUCCAAGCUGGCUUAGCACAGUUGGACUUGAAAAGCCCUACAGUUCAGACCCUCCAUAUGCCCUGGUUCCUUUCGAGCGUGAUGGGACGGAUGUGGGGAAGCUGUACCGCUUUGACAUUUUCCACAACCUUCAUCUUGGCCUUGGCAAAAGCUUUGUCUCCUCAGCUGUUUGCAUGGUCCUGGAGCUUUGUCAGGGUAUGUCCAUAGGCGCAGCUUUUGGCAAGCUUUCGGAAGACUUCCGAAGGUACUGCGUGCGGAACAGUGAGUCCCCAUAUCACAAGACCCUGAAAGCUUCAUUGUUCGGAGUACAUACUGGCUUUAAGGAGUGCCCUGAUGGUGCCUGGAGCAAAGGUGACUACACAAGGCUGCUCCUUGAGUGGUUUGGCGACUACUGCUCUCGCGAAGUGGGUGGACGAACUGAUGAUCCGGUUUACUUGCUAUGUGUUUCCAACCGGCAUUCUGUGUAUUUGUUCUUUGGUUUGUAA